UCAAUCCAACAAAAACCCUAUUUUCAAAAAUGAAACACGGUUUGGCUGACUUUAGUGGCAUCUAACGAUAUCUGCUCAAUCUUGAAGUGGCAUCAUGGUGUUAUCAAUGGAACGCUGGAAAGGCAAGGUCGCGAUUGUCACAGGAGCAAGUUCAGGUAUCGGAGCAGCAAUAGUGAAAAAACUUGUAGAAGAGGGAAUGUUGGUUAUAGGACUUGCGAGGCGUUUGGACCGUAUGAAAGAACUUGAACAGCAAUUACACAGCUCACAGGAGAAAUUCUAUCCUUAUGAAUGUGAUAUGUCCAUUGAAGCCGACAUACUGAGUUCAUUUAAAUACGUGACCGAAAAUAUAGGACCCAUCCACGUAUUGAUAAACAAUGCUGGUUGCAUUUCUGGAUCUACUCUAGCUGAGGGUGAUACUGCAGAGUGGCAGAAACUUUUAGAUGUAAAUGUUCUCGGANUAUGCAUUGCAACCAGAGAAGCAGUCAAGGAUAUGAAGAAAAACAAUAUCGAUGGUCACAUCAUACACAUGAAUAGCAUAGCGGGACACACACUAACCGACGUAGGAGGAAUUAGCAUUUACCCUGCAACAAAACACGCAGUAACAGCUAUGACGGAAACUUUGAGACAGGAGUUUAAUAAGAUGAAAUUGAAAAUAAAAAUUACGAGUAUCAGUCCUGGUAUUGUGGCAACAGAUAUUUUCGCAAAUGGAAAUCUGAACGAUAUUCAGAAACUAGUAGAUAAUAAUGAUGUCCCUCGCCUUUCUCCUGAAGAUGUUGCUGAUGGAGUAUGUUAUACCUUAUCAACACCACCUGAAGUUAACGUACUUGAGUUGACGAUAAAACCAGUAAAUGAGUUGUUAUAGUGGAUGCAUUAUUUAUGAUUCCAAGAAAAUUGACAAUUAUUAGAAAGCAUGAGAAAUCGAUAUGAUAAUCACAAUUGUUUGUAAAUGUUUUUUGAAUUACAGUCUACUCAAGUGGUUUAUUGUUAUUCAAUUCCAAUUAUAUUGAAAAAGUCAUAGA